AAUAUCGCCCUGCCUCCCCGUCCCUCACCUCACCGCCCACCAGCCUGCCUCUUCGUCAUCGCUGAUGUCUCCUGUCUGCCUGCGGUAGACUCGACUCAAACAACGACCGUUAACACUUUUAACUGCCUCUCAUUUAUGUAGCAUCAUGGUAUACCUUCAAGGUUACAUUCCCAGGUAAAAUGUGGAAUAACGAGCGGUAAAUAGAGCAGCGAAGCUCCACCUGUGCCGGGAGGGAAAUGCAGGACGACGGCGGCAAAGCAGCACUCGGGAGCCCCGCAAACACAGCGCAGAAUUCAAUACAUUUGAACGGGCACACUGUAACUCAGAAUGGACACAGUCCCACAUUUCCGGCUUCACCACAGCCACAGUUCGAUUCCCGAGCCUCGAGUCCUACCCCCACACCCACCCCAGUCAUCCCGAGGGAGCAGUGGGGAGGAAAGUAUGAGUUCCUGCUCUCCUGUAUUGGAUACUGCGUGGGACUGGGGAACGUUUGGCGGUUCCCCUACCUUUGUUACCGCAAUGGAGGAGGUGUGUUCCUCAUCCCUUACUUCAUAAUGCUCUUCUUCACGGGUGUCCCGCUCUUCCUCAUGGAGCUGAGUUUAGGCCAGUAUGGAGCAGCUGGCCCUAUCACAGUGUGGAAAUGUUGCCCACUUCUUAAAGGUAUUGGAAUUGGGAUGCUCUGUGUGUCCACACUGGUCUGUCUCUACUAUAAUGUCAUUAUAGCCUGGACAUUUUACUACCUGGGCAGCUCGUUCCAGAGCCCCCUUCCCUGGUCCUGCGAUGCUAUAGCUAAUGCAGCUCUCUGUGGUAAUGGCACAGUAGGCAACAGCUCUGGUAGUAGAGUCCUCAGCCCCACAGAGAUCUUCUGGAAUGAGCGUGUGCUGGGAGUAGUACACAGUGAGGGCCUCCACGACCCGGGUCCUGUCCGGUGGCCCCUGGCUCUGUGCCUGCUGGCUGCCUGGAUCGUCAUCUUCCUGUGUAUGUUGAAGGGCAUCCGCAGCUCGGGCAAGGUGGUUUAUGUAACAGCUACCUUCCCGUACUUUGUGCUCAUCGUUUUGAUCAUCAGAGGAGCUACACUGGAGGGAUCUAUGCAGGGCGUUGCCUUCUACCUCACACCAGACUGGAGUCGAUUAGCUAAUGCACAGGUUUGGAAUGAUGCCGCCUCACAGAUCUUCUACUCUUUAGGUAUAGGAGUUGGUGGUCUGCUCUCUAUGGCCUCUUACAAUAAGUUUGACAACAAUGUAAUCAGAGACACCUUGAUUAUCACCACAGGAAAUUGCAGCACAAGCUUCUUUGCAGGAUUUGCAAUCUUUUCAAUCCUAGGACACAUGGCAUGGAGGAAGGGAGUGCCUGUAGGAGAGGUAGCAGACACAGGUCCUGGCUUGGCUUUUGUUGCUUACCCAGAAGCCCUUGCUUUGCUUCCAGGUUCAGUGUUCUGGUCCAUUAUGUUCUUCCUGAUGCUCUUUAUGCUUGGGAUUGAUACCCUGUUUGGAAACAUGGAGGGCAUCACAACAGCCGUACUGGACGAGUUUCCACAGCUCAGAGGGAACACGCUGCACAAGUCCUUGUUCCUGGGCGCUCUGUGUUUUGGUUUCUACCUGAUGGGUCUCCUGUUGGUGACUGAUGGUGGGAUUUACUGGUUCACUCUCAUUGACGCCUUCAGCACUAGUUUUGGCCUCAUCAUCAUCACCCUCUUCAUGUGCAUUGGCAUCUCCUUCUUCUAUGGUGUGAACCAGUUCUGUCAGGACAUCAUUGACAUGAUUUGUCACUGCCCACCCUGGUGCAGCAAAGUGCUGCUUUACUUCAAAGCAUGCUGGGUUGUUGUCACUCCAUUUCUGCUUCUGUUCAUCCUGACCUACAUCUUUAUUGAGAUGUACAACACAUCACUCCACUACGGCUCCUAUGUGUAUCCAAGGUGGGGGAAAGCACUGGGCGUGUGCAUAGGAGCGACCUGCUGUCUGCAGAUCCUCAUCUGGGCUAUUGUGGCCAUCAGCAAAGAGAGUGGGACACUGAAAGAUCGUUUCAAGAAAUCGAUCCGACCUCUGAAUUCCUGGCGGGUGAACAAUCUGAGCAGCACUGCCAGAGUGGAAGAACGCACAGAACCAGAGCGGGUGGAAGCUCCAUUCACUGUCACCCUCACAGACAUGGAUUUUACAGCGAUGAGAUGGGAGACAGGGGGUCAGGCAUAACAACAUGGAGCGAAGUGAUGAACAAAACGGUGGUAAACAAACUAGGUUGUUGAGAGACUGAGAAAUUUAUUAGGAAGUUUUGGCCCCAGCAAGUUUCUGGUGGCCAUGUCUGAAGAGACUGUGUCCUGCAGCGCAGUGUGGAUUCAUUGCUUUAUUUAUAUUAUUAUGUAUAUUUGAAUUGUGUUUUUUAAAUCUUUUUUACAUUGUAAAAUAUGAGGUUAAUGUUCCUAUAGUUGGGCUUCUCCAGGACAUUGGGAUGAUGAUCUUGCCAUGUAUCCACUGAUCUUAUUUAUUAAUUUAGCCCAGUAUAAUGAACACUCCACAGAAGUCAGAUCCACUGCAUAUUAACCAUAUUAAAAGGGAGUGAGAAGAAAUGUGCAAUGAUGAUUCACUGUGACAUUCAAUAACAGCGGGUCAGUACUGAAAUUGAUACAACUCUCCAUUCUGGUGAAUUUAAUUGUAAUGAUGACAUGGCUGUCAGGCUUAUUUUAAUCCAUUUUAACUUUUAAUCAAUUAAUUGCUAAAAUUAUUUAUAUAAUAGAUUCUGUCAUGUGCAUAAGUUUUAGACUUGUAGGGUGCUAAGGAUUCAUCAUAGUGACCAAUGUGCAACACCUCAGGGCUGGAGAGGGGCAGGGCUGCAGAGUCAAGCUUUGCACAUGUCAACACAAGUGUCAUCUGGCAGCCGAGGUCAAGCUUAACGCAUCUUUCUUGAGCCUUUUCGACCCUGGUAAUAAGCCAAGAGACCGCCAGUGGUUUUCAGGCUCUUAGGUCAUGCACAGCAUGACCAGGGGCUCGUGGCAAUACUACUAUCCACCCAGACAGUUCCCUAGGCCAUGCUUAAUCGCCAUACCCACCUUUUAAUCCACCCUAAAGGUGUGGACUUGGUUAUUUUUUCAACAGAUUAUUUUAUGAUGCUCCUGAUAAUAUUCAAGGACAUCUGGAGCACGACCUGGGUUUUGUAAGUCCUCCCUCCAGCCGGCUUCACUCACCAUCACACGCCUUUUUUCAGCCUCAAUUUUUGGACCAAACAAAUGUUCUUCUCAGUACUGUAGAUCAAAUAAAAUUUUCCAAUCAAAGUCGGCCUUCCAUACUUCCCUAACAUAACCACAGACCUCUUAUCUGAUUUCUAAUUUCCAGCUCCUGUAGAAAAUGUAGCCAAGUUUUUGCUUACAGUGGCUAUUGUGCUUAAUAAGCUUUACAUUGUAAAUGUAUUAUAGAUGGCUUAUAAAUAGAAGUUUGUAACCAUCAUUUCUACAGGAAGAGCAACAAUAGAAGUUUGAAGGUAUCUGCACCAGUUGCUUUUUAUUUUUUGUUCGCUGGAUCCUUGCUUUAAAUAUCCUUUAUUGCAGUGGUUCUCAACUGGUGGGCCUGGAUCCAAAAUGUGGAAAAAGUAUGAGAUACAGAAGCCUUAACUUGAGAUGUGGAACACCCAUACAUUUUCAGGCUUUCUUGUGGUGAUAAGUAAAUAUCUGUCUUUUUGUUAAGAUUUCAACUAAUUUAUGUCAUUAUUUCACGUAACAAAGCAAUGUUACAAAAAUUUGUUAAGAAAUUUCAAAAUUCCAUCGUGUUUUGGGAAAAUGGAGUAAAAUAAAGUAUUUGCAACCAUACUCUUCUGUAAUGAUAGGAUUUUUAAACAUGAUUGUCUUAUCCUGUCUCUUGGUUCAGUUGUUUUUUUUUUCCAUUUUGUGUCCAAACUACAACAUUUUUAUUAUUUAAAUGUGAGUGGUUUUAAAAAUGUGGUUCUCAUAAGGAGGUGGUAAUGGGUCCUGAUGCCUGACCAGUUGAGAAUCACUGCUUUAUUGGCUACAUCCCCCUCAUUCAUAAAUGAGCUCAAACCCUCCUUAAAGAACUGAAAACCAUUGGUUGAAUGUUUCAUUUCAGUGGCACUCAUUGUCAUGGACAUGACAAUUGUCAUAGUUUGAAUCUUGCCAACAUUUCUCACAACUGUCUGAGCACCUGCCCAAACAUGAAGACACUGGAUGUGCAAUUGAUACUAACUGGCAAAAUGGUUAUUGUACCUCAAUUUCCUUGCACUAUCAGAUUACUGUUUUAUGCCACUAGACUAUGUGCUAUGUAAGCCAUUUGGUCUCUGUUUAUUUUUUCCACCUUCAAAGCAUCUAGCUUUACUCAAAAGAUAUAAUUGUCCUGUUUAGGAUUGUUUGCCUCAUCAGGUAAAUUAAACUUGUUUUGCCUUUGUACACCUUGUUGCCCUGUCUUAUCCAUGAGUUAUGAUGUGUAUGAGAAAUUAAAAAUUGUCAUUGUUUUUAA